AAAUGGCGCCGUUAGAUCUAGACAAGUAUGUGGAAAUCGCAAAACAGUGUAAAUAUCUCCCAGAAAACGACUUAAAGGGGAAGAUGCUCAAAGACUGAUAUCAAGGCAUGAAGCGAUUAUGUGACUACGUUUGUGACCUGUUACUUGAAGAGUCAAAUGUUCAACCAGUAUCUACUCCUGUUACUGUUUGUGGAGACAUACAUGGCCAGUUUUAUGACUUAUGUGAGCUCUUCAGAACAGGAGGCCAGGUCCCAGACACUAACUACAUUUUUAUGGGUGAUUUUGUAGACAGAGGGUAUUACAGCCUUGAAACUUUCACCUACCUCCUUGCCUUAAAGGCGAAGUGGCCCGACCGUAUCACACUGCUGAGAGGCAAUCAUGAAAGCAGGCAGAUCACACAGGUGUAUGGCUUUUAUGAUGAGUGCCAGACCAAGUAUGGAAAUGCAAAUGCUUGGAGAUACUGUACCAAAGUUUUUGACAUGCUUACAGUGGCAGCAUUAAUUGAUGAACAGAUCUUGUGUGUGCAUGGAGGGCUUUCCCCAGAUAUCAAGACCCUUGAUCAGAUCCGGACCAUAGAGCGCAAUCAGGAGAUCCCACACAAGGGGGCGUUCUGUGACCUGGUGUGGUCCGACCCCGAGGACGUGGACACCUGGGCCAUUAGCCCUCGAGGGGCAGGCUGGCUGUUUGGAGCCAAGGUCACUAAUGAGUUUGUUCACAUCAACAACCUAAAACUGAUCUGCCGAGCGCAUCAGCUGGUGCACGAAGGUUAUAAAUUCAUGUUUGACGAGAAGCUGGUGACAGUGUGGUCUGCUCCUAAUUAUUGCUAUCGCUGUGGAAACAUUGCAUCAAUCAUGGUCUUCAAAGAUGUGAACACGAGGGAGCCGAAGCUGUUCCGCGCAGUCCCAGAUUCAGAACGGGUUAUUCCACCCCGAACAACGACACCGUAUUUCCUUUGAGCCCUUCCCACCCCCCCUCCUUCUCUACUUUUAUGUAUGACCUUUUUUUAUUGCCUCCUUCGCUGCCGAAAUUGCAUUGUUACCCCCUUUUUGUUUUGUGAGUGUGUGACAUAUUUAGGUUAUAAAAGUUUUUUUUUGUUUUUUUUUUCUUUUACAAAAUAUUAAAGUAGCAGCAAUACCAAAGCUCGGCACAGUGGCUUGUACUGAUGCUUCCCUUUCCCGUUUCAAAAAUAUAAUUUUUUUUUUGUUUUGUUUUUUUUUAAAUUUGAUUUGACAUAAUCCUGCUCCUGCAUAUCCUAGUUACUGGUGGUAUUCACAGUGAAAGAUUAAGUGAUACUGUACACUAUGCAGAGUUUAAUACUAACAUGUUACUUGCUGUCUUCUCUGUUGUAUGUAUCCCUGCAAUAUCUCAUUCAACACAGUCAUUUUGAUACUUUUCACAUGAGCUGGGUCUCCUGAUAAACUGGGCAAUGCAGCCAAACCAUGGAUUAUGUGGAGGAGCUUGUAGUUAUUGACCAGAGAUUUUGAACAGAACGUUCCCUGCUAUGCAUCCAAGUAAAAGCUCUCACCUCUAACCUCCAUUAAACAAUAAACAAACAUUAGAAGGUAGGAUUUCCUUGGAUACACUGCCGGGAAAACUAUGGCACUACAAACUUGUGACUACUGUGUUUUAAAUGGAUUAAUAACCCAUAUGAAACACUAGUGAUCGUGUGGAUACAAUAUUACAGGGAUACAUAGGAGACACAAACUGUAAGUAAUGGAUUUGUUUAAACUUCAUCUUUCAGUAUUGCUUCAUUGUGAGUGUAAAGUUCAGCAGCGAAGUAAAUAAAUGGUGCACACAAGGACUAUAAAUCUAGUUUGUGCUGUGUAGAGACAUCCAAGAUGUAAAACUGUCAAAUAUUUUAAAUGGAUAAUAAAGUGGUCUAAAGGCUGCAAUUUUGUUAUUUUAACAAGGGGACAUUAUCAGAAACUGUUCUCGCUGUUUGUACGUUUAAAUGAUUGUAUUGAUCCUUUUUUUUUUUUUUUUUGAGAUUCAUUGUAUUUUAUUAUAGUAAUAUAGUGUCUGCAAUCCACCCAGGGGUUAAAUAUUGAAAUAAACUGCUUUAUUAUUGACUUUA